AAGUUGAUCAGUUCAGUUUGAUGUUGACAGGGAAAUCUCUCUUGGAGCUGUGUAUCAUUCCGAAUUCUGAACUCAGAAACCAUAUAAUUGGUUUGUAAUCUAAAUAAAUUAGGAAAAAAGUCACUUUGCAGUUGCAUUUUCCAGUUUGCGAGGAUGGGAUCUAAAGAUCUGAAACUUCUGGAUGUGUUUUCAUACGAGAGUCUCGUGCAUGCAGUCGCCGGUGCGAUGGGCAGUGUUACAGCAAUGACUGUUUUCUUUCCUCUUGAUACAGCUCGGCUUCGGCUGCAAGUUGAUGAAAAACGGAAAGCCAAAUCUACUCCAGCCAUUCUGUCAGAGAUCAUCAAGGAAGAGGGUCUGUUAGCUCCAUAUAGAGGCUGGUUUCCUGUAAUCUGCAGCCUCUGUUGCUCAAACUUCGUCUACUUCUAUUGUUUCCAUAGUCUGAAGGCCACCUGGCUGCAAGGUCAGAGGUCAACGCCAGGGCGAGACCUCGUCAUUGGUGUUGCAGCAGGUGUAGUGAAUGUUCUUGUGACCACUCCACUCUGGGUAGUCAAUACCAGACUGAAACUGCAGGGUGCGAAAUUCAGAAAUGAGGACAUACAGCCCACACACUACAGAGGAAUUAUGGAUGCGUUUGUACAGAUCAUGCAGCAGGAAGGAGUGGGAGCGUUAUGGAACGGGACGUUUCCCUCCCUGCUGCUGGUGCUCAAUCCAGCUGUGCAGUUCAUGAUCUACGAGGGUCUGAAAAGGCAUCUCCUGAGGGGCGUGAACAGAGAGCUGUCCUCGGUGGAGGUGUUUCUUAUUGGAGCCAUUGCUAAAGCCAUAGCAACCACCAUAACCUACCCACUACAGACAGUUCAGUCUGUUCUACGGUUCGGACAGCAUGGCAGGCCUGCAGAUCGGUCCAAACUCCUGAAUAGCCUGAGAUCUGUCAUGGAUCUGCUCAUCAAUAGAGUCAGGAAGUGGGGCAUGCUGGGAUUGUUUAAAGGCCUGGAGGCGAAGCUGCUUCAGACGGUCCUCACUGCCGCACUGAUGUUCUUGCUGUACGAGAAGAUUGCCAACACCACCUUCAGGGUCAUGGGGGUCAAACGCACAGUGACGUCCCACUGA